AUGUUGUCUACAUCAAAGAAUGAAAGAAAUCAGGAUAACUUUAAUUCUACAGAAACAAUACCUUUAUAUAGAAAAAAUGGCGCUUUAGAAAAUGACAAUGAUGUUAUCGAAGACGACGAUAUGCUAUUAUAUGGGGAAGUUAGUGAAUGGACUGAAAGAUUAUAUAUUAUCCGGAAAGCAUUUCCCGUUUUCUUGGCAUAUCUAUUGCAAAAUGCAAUACAACUUAUCAUAUCAUAUGGUGUUGCGACAGCACUUGAUACCCUUUGUUCCCAGGCUUAUACGUCUGGCAAGGUGCAAAUGGUGGGAAUAUAUCUACAACGAGCUAUUAUCAUAAAUUUAAUAGGAUUAAUUCCGAUCGCUUGUAUUUGGUGGGAAGCAGAGCAGAUUUUCGUUCUUAUUGGUCAAGACCCUAAAGUUUCCGCGCAAGCUGCUUUAUUUCUACGAUAUUUGUUGAUUGGUGCGCCUGCAUUCGUGAUGUUUGAAAAUUUGAAGAGAUAUUUGCAGGCUCAAGGUAUAAUGAAAGCUGGUACAUAUGUAUUAAUAAUUUGUUGUCCAAUUGAUAUAUGCCUAAAUUUCAUGUUAGUUUGGUACAAACCACUAUCUCUUGGGUUAAUUGGUGCACCUAUUGCCACAUCUACAAUUUAUUGGUUAAUGUUUUUAUUUCUUGUCAUUUAUACUAAAUUCAUUGACGGAUAUAAAGCUUGGGGUGGUUGGUCAUGUGCUGCAUUUUAUGGUUGGAAACAAUACUUCGUAUAUGCAGGUCCGGGUGUUUUAAUGGUUUGCGCGGAAUGGUGGGCGUUUGAAUUCGGUUCUCUUAUUUCCGGAUAUAUUAGUGAAAAUUCACUUGCAUCCCAAGGUAUACUAGUUACUUCUAUUAAUAUUCUUUAUCAAUUACCAUUUGGGGUUUCUAUAUCAGCAUCAAAUCGAAUUGGAAAUUUAUUGGGAGCUGGAUUAGCGGAAAGAGCAAAAAUGGCAACAAAACUUUCUAUGCAACUCGCUAUAAUAGUUGCUUUAUUUAAUACAUUUUUAUUAAUAAUUUUAAGGGAGUAUUGGGG